CAUCGGGCAACAUUGUUUUUCCACGCUGUUUAUUUUCCGAAGUGCGCGAAACGGGCACGUAAUUAACGUAAUAUAAUAAAAGUAAGGCGUUUGUUGUUAAUGGCUGCAGGAUCAGCGACACAAGGAAAUCAUUAUGUCUAAAGGGACGCUGUGGAUUGGUGAUAUUGAGCCUUACAUGGAUGAGGCAUUCUUGAAGCAAGCCUUCGCCGUGAUGGGGGAAACUUGCUUGUCCACGAAAAUCAUCACGAAUAAGUUAACCGGACUCCCGUUGGGCUACGGCUUCCUCGAGUUCAUUGACGAACACACGGCGCAGAGGAUACUUCUCAAGUGCGACGGCAAGCCGAUACCUGGCUCCAAUCCUAGCAAAAAGUUUAAACUGAACCACGCUUGUCACAGCAAAGACGCUGCGCAACAGCAAAUUGAGCAUUCUGCCUUUAUUGGAAACUUGACUCCGGAGGUUGAUGACCUGGGCCUCUACACAGCAUUUCAUUCAAGGUUUCCAUCGGUGAAAGCAGCAAAGGUGGUGCUGGACGAGAGUGGCAAGAGCCGGGGCUAUGGCUUUGUACGCUUCGGCAACCAAGAGGAGCACCAGCAGGCACUUGAGAUCAUGAACGGCUUCGAGGGGCUGGGCGGCAAGGCAUUGCGCGUUAGCAGUGCCACCCCCAAAAGAAGCAACGUCCCAACUACGGUGAGCAUGGCUACACCACCGGGUCAGCAGACUUACCAGCAGUAUUACGGCAACUACGGCUACAACUACCAGAACUACUACAACCCCUGGCAGGGCUAUCAGCAGUACUACGCUGGAUACCAGGGCUAUCAGGGCUACCCAGGCUACUAUGGACAGCAGCCAGAGUAUCCACAGCACACCGAUCCAUCAGCUGUCGCUCACACUGGUUACGAGGAUGCUGCGACUGCUGCUGCGGCAGUGCCCCACGGCCCGAACCCACCUUUGCCUCAAACGGCGCCCCCAGCACCAGAGUCGGACAACGAAGUCGAAGACCACGACAUGGGCAUGCCGGACGUGGAGGCCAGCAACAAACUCCUCCUGGCUCGAUCUGAGGACCUGUACUCGGCAUUUGACAGCAGUCGGUGGCUCCCAACAGAAGGACUGGACCCACCUUUGGUCUCUGUCAAAUGAUUUUUGAAAUAAAUAGCUGUACUUGUCCA